GGGUCUGAGUCUGAUAUUUAUACAGAGCAAAACAUGUGUCGUGUUAAUAAAGCGAGUACCAUACUCUUCUUUCGUUUAGUUCCUCUCGCCAACGCUUCUCUCUCUCGUUCGUUCGAUCCACGAUGGAAUCUCCGGUGCACGUGCCGGCGAGCGAGACGGCGUCGUUUAGGACAGACGAGAAGCACGUGCACUUCCUCAACACCAUGGAAGCCUCCUUCGUCCGCACAAUGCUCGACAACAAGAACAACCACCGCCGCCACCACCACCGCUUCCUCCGCCUCGAUCGCCACCUCCCCGACACCUCAGAAUCUACCUUAGAUAUGAAACACUGCCGCACCGGAAAACACCAUGCUCCCUCCUCAGAUUCAGUGGGUCAAACAACCAAAAGAACGAAGAGGAGAUCAUCUCAGCCGUGCGAUUCAUCACAGGAUCAGGUAGUCCCACAAGUAGAAAAUGAAGAAAGGAAAGGUGCGGCUUGUUAUGGCGACAAUGACAAAGGAGCAGAGAAUUAAUGUCCACCCACCAUCGAUGAAAGAUCCCAAGUUUUUUUUUUCUUCCCUUUUUUGAAUUUGUUCCUAUUUUUCGUUUGUAGUUUUAUUUUAUCCAUUCUUUUACCUUAACAUUUAAUUUCUAAAGUGUCUCUGGUAAUAUUUUGUUUUCUGCUCAA